ACUAGCGGACGGGAGUUGUGAUCUCUGGACGUCCAACCAAUUAAAUUAACGGUUCGAUGAUUCCCCAUCUUACUGCAGCGUCCUCCCGAGUUAAAACCUUCGAGCACCUCAAACAGCUCCAUGCUCAGCUUAUCCUCCACUCCCUCCAUGGCGACAACCACUGGCUCACCCUCCUCCUCACCCGCUGCGCCCUUAUCCACGCCCCUCUCCCCUAUGCCCGCCUCCUGUUUGAGUCUAUGCCACACCCGACCGCCCGCUCAUUCGCCGCUAUGUUCAAACUCUACUCCCAACUGGGGACAUACCGAGACAUGGCCGCCCUCUUCGCUCGUCUGUCUAGUCUUGCCGUGAGGCCUGACGCUUCCGUUUAUUCCAUUUUAAUUAAAUUGUUGGGUCGCGAUGCGAUUUCACUCCACGCCCAUAGUUUGAAGCUGGGACAUGCAUCCGAUCGCUACGUCCGGAAUGCGAUCAUGAAUCUCUAUGCCCAACAUGGUCCUAUUGAGACUGCCGAAAGGUUGUUUGAUGAAAUGCCCGAGAGAAUGGUCGUUGAUUGGAAUUCCAUGCUGUCGGCAUAUUGGAAGUGGGAUCGCAAAAAGGAGGCGUUGCGAAUGUUUGAUUCCAUGCCAGACCGCAAUGUAAUUUCUUGGACCGUGAUGGUCAGUGGGCUCUCAAGGGCUGGGGAAUUCGAGGUGGCACGGAGGUUCUUUGAUGAAAUGCCUGAGAGGAGCAUUGUCUCAUGGAAUGCGAUGCUUUCGGGUUACGCACAGAAUGGGCAGGCAGAGGAAGCAUUGAGAUUGUUCGAUCGAAUGAUGGGUGUGGGAAUUCAGCCCAACGAGACGACGUGGGUCACGGUCAUCACAGCGUGCUCGAUGAAGGGUGACCUUAGAUGUGCCGAAUCCUUGGUCGGCUCUCUCACAGAGAGAAAUGUGAAUAUGAAUUGUUUCAUUAAGACGGCACUCAUAGAUAUGUAUGCAAACUGCCAGAGUCUGGCAAAGGCAAGGAAGAUUUUUGAAGAGAUGGAGGAUCGGAAUUUGGUGUCUUGGAAUGCUAUGAUUGCUGCAUACACAAGGGAAGGUGAUCUCUCAGCAGCAAAGGAGCUCUUUGACAUAAUGCCUGCAAGGGAUGUAGUCUCAUGGAACUCCAUGAUCUCUGGGUAUGCACAGAAUGGACAGUGGAUUCUGGCGAUCGAGCUCUUUAAAGAGAUGGCGAUUGCGAAGGGCUUGAAACCGGAUGAAGUCACAAUGUCUAGCAUCAUUGCAGCUUGCGGGCAUUUGGGGGCUCUUGAGUUUGGAAGAUGGCUAGUUUGUUAUAUCAACGAAAACCAGAUUAGAUUAAACAUCUCAGGGUAUAAUGCUCUUAUCUUCAUGCACUCGAGGUGUGGAAGCAUAGAGGAUGCUCGGAGAGUUUUUCGAGAAAUGUCCAAGAGGGAUGUAUUUUCUUACAAUUCAUUGAUUUCAGGCUUGGCAUCCAUUGGCAAAUGUCUCGAGGUUCUUAAAUUGCUGAAGAAUAUGGGGGAAGAAGGCAUCAAACCGGAUGAUAUAACGUAUCUUGGUGUCUUAAUUGGUUGUAGCCAUGCAGGGCUACUAGUUGAAGGCUGCAGGGUGUUCGAGAUGAUCGAAAGCCCAACUGUGGAUCACUAUGCUUGUAAGGUGGAUCUAUUAGGUCGAGCUGGCCGAUUAGAUGAAGCAAAGAGAGUGAUAGAUGGCAUGCCAGUAAAGCCACAUGCAGGAGUCUAUGGUGCUCUUCUCAAUGCAUGCCGAAUCCAUAAAAGGGUUGAACUGGCAGAGUUUGCAGCUCAAGAGCUCUUCAAGCUCGAACCAGAGAAUUCAGGCAAUUAUGUAUUGCUCUCUAAUAUCUAUGCAUCAGCAGGGAGAUGGGGAGAUGUGGAGAGUGUUAGGGGAAUUAUGCGAAAAAGAGGUGUUGAUAAAAUGAUAGGGUGUAGCUGGGUAGAAUUUGGUGGUAAAGUGCACCAGUUUGUAGCUGGUGAUAGGUCACAUUGUCGGUCGGAGGAGAUGCACAAGAUGUUGAAAGAGGUAGGAAGGAAGAUGAGGGCAUCUGGGUACAUAGCUGAUAAGAGUUGUGCCCUGAGGGAUGUUGAAGAGGAGGAGAAGGAAGAAAUUGUGGGGACCCACAGUGAGAAGCUGGCACUUGGUUUUGCACUGCUUGUUUUUGAUGCUAAGGCAGUGAUCAGGAUAGUGAAGAACCUAAGGAUAUGUGAGGACUGUCAUGUUGCCAUCAAGAUGAUUUCAAAGAUUGAGGAGAGGGAGAUUGUGGUUAGAGACAACAACAGGUUUCAUGUCUUUGAGGAUGGGAGGUGCUCUUGCGAGGACUACUGGUAAAGCCUCAGCGCGGGCUUUUCUCCCGCUCAGCAGUCGGUGGAGAAUCGCCGCCGCCGCCGCCGGACAUGCAAGCAGCUCAUAAGGCUCUCAUCGACAAAGUCUGAGCGGCCCUCCGACAAUCCUUGGUGAUGGGCGGAGGUGGGGUUCGUGCCAGCCCCACGGACGCUCGCCAUCUCUGGACUUGCUCGAAUGCAUCUGAACGGUGCACGGCAUCCUUAUAUUUGGGGCAGCCCUCAGUCGCCUCUUCUUAAAUUCCCCUUGUUUUGGCUGCUCCAUUCCAUUAAUGUUCCCACCAUGCAUGGUGAAGCCCUGCAUGAGUGCACUGCAUGCAGUGAGCCAUUACAGAGAUGGGCGCGUAAUGAAUGGAACCCAUACUACUGCUUUUGCUGAUUGGUGGCAUAUACCAGCACGAUCUUGCAUGCAGUAUCCGGGAUAAUUUCUCGUUCUCAACCCAUGUCCAAUUUUUGCUUUGUAUUGAGUCUACAAAAAUCUUAAAGUAGAUUGUAUCAUUGUGCAUACACACUAUGUUGAUUAAAAAAAAAAAAA